GUAAAUAUAUAUCAGCCAUCAUACAUACGGCACGUCAGCGACUUUUCUGCAGUUUUGAUCAGCCGUGAUUCAGCAGUUAAAUUUUUUAUUUCUUGCAUAAUCUGAAUAACUGUCGCGCAGUCUAUCGCGAACCAUUCAUCCGUCAAGCGGUUUUGAACGAUCAAGAAUAUUCGCAAAAUGACGAUCAAGGCGGUCUGUGUCCUUCAAGGCGAGCCCGUUAAGGGAACCGUUCACUUCGAGCAAGCGGAUGGUUCAAAUACAGUGAAGGUGACUGGACAAAUUUCUGGAUUACAGAAAGGCUUACACGGCUUUCACGUUCAUGAAUUUGGCGAUAACACUAAUGGUUGUACGAGUGCAGGUGCUCAUUUUAAUCCUUUGGGAAAAGAUCAUGGCGGUCCCGACCAUGCUGUGCGCCACAUUGGAGAUUUAGGAAAUGUAGAAGCUGGUGCUGAUGGUGUCGCCAAAGUUAACAUCACCGACACCCAGAUUCAGCUUAGUGGUCCACAUAGUGUCAUCGGACGAACUGUUGUGGUUCAUGCUGAUCCUGAUGAUUUGGGACAAGGCGGCCACGAGCUCUCGAAAACAACAGGCAAUGCUGGCGCUCGUCUCGCUUGCGGCGUCAUCGGCAUUACGAAGUAAAUGCGUCUACGUGAUUUAUGCGAAGAGUUGAUGGAUAGAGGUCAGACUCUAUUAGAGACAUACUAUUUUCUUAUUAUUCGGCUUUGAUGUAUUAUGCAAACAUGUUGGCUUUUUUAUUAUAUAUAUACAAUAAAAGUUAUCAGUUCUUCCUCAGUACGGAAAUAAAGCACUAGAGCUUCAAUAUAUGUUAUUUGUUGUAUAUUAAAUAAGAAUAUACACAUAAAUACAAUUUGUAGAACAUUCCUUUAAAAUACAUAAAUAUUUAUAAAUAUA